AUGGCAACAAUCAUUACUAAAAGAUUAAGUUUUAUAUUAAAUAACACAAUAAAUAAGAAAUUUUAUUCUACAGGUUUAAAAUCAAAUGAAGCAAUUUUAAAAUCAAAACCAUAUUUAAUAACAACUUUAAAAAUAAAUAAAAACGAAACAAAUGAUCAAAUAUUACAAAAUUUAAAAAAUAAAAUUUCUUUAUCACCAUCAUUUUAUAACAAUGCACCAAUAGUUUUAGAUAUUUCGGAAUAUGAAAAAGUAGAGAUUAAUCAAAUAGAACAAUUAUUUCAACUUUGUGAAUCAAAUGGUUUAUUACCAAUUGGUAUUUCAUCACAAAAUUCAUCAAAAGAUUUUCAAGAUUCAUUAAAAAAUUUUAAAUUACCAUUAUUAUCCCCAAAACUUGGUUUUUCAAAUGAAAGUCAUCAAAAUAUAUUAACAAAUCAAAAAGAAAAAAUAAAUAAUGAAAAUAAUAUUAAUAAUAAUAAUAAAAAUAAUUAUUCAACUCAAAUGUUACACCCUCAAUCACAAUCACAAUUGACAAAUAAUAUUAGUUCAAAUAUAAAUAAUGAUAGUGGUUUAAAUAGUAAUAAACCAAAUCCAUUGAUUAUAACAAGUUCUUUAAGAAGUGGCCAACAGGCAUAUGCCAAGAAUGGAGCAGAUUUAAUAGUUAUGGGCAAUGUUCAUUCAGGUGCAGAGGCAAUAGCAGAUGGUAAUAUUUAUAUUUUUGGUUCAUUAAAAGGAAGGGCUAAUGCAGGUGUUAAUGGUGAUAGAAGAUCAAAAAUUAUUGUCAAUAGAUUUCAAGCCGAAUUGGUUUCAAUUGCAUCCAUUUAUCAUGCAUGUGAAGUUCAACCUAGGUUAUUAAAUCCAAAAAAUCCAACAACAAUCGAAUUAAAUGAUAGUGAUAAAUUAAUUUUUUCAUCAACAAAUGAUUUAUUAACAGGUAAUAUAUAA